AUGCCUGAAGAUAGAAACAGAGCCUCGAACAUUAGCACAUACGAUGCUUCCAGCGGGACAUCACUCGAAUCCUCCUCGUUGCAGUACCUUAGUGCCAGUGGUCGUACUCCUGACAUUGGAAAUGCCACUCCCCAGCUUUUGACUACUUUGCGAUCGAUGAAGGAGUCUGGGCCGUACACCGCAAACGACAUUCAAUGGGCUUUCAACAAGAUGAAAGAACAUAAAUCAAAGACCACGUCCACUGCACCCGGAAGCGACAGUGGAGCUUCAGAAGGACAGUCAUGUUUAGAUUAG